GCCGAUUUUUGUGUCAACUUCGGGUGUUCCAAAAUCCCAAGGGGUUGGGUCGGGUGCCAACCCCAUCCUGAACGAUGGGAUAAUCGGAUGGAUCAUAUUUAGGUUAUGCCUGCCACCUUAUAACUUUCAUUCUUUCAUUGUCCUUCAAAAUGCCUAAAGCCAGUGCCACCAAGAUCACUUCCCUUUCAAUCCUCUCCUUCCUUACUACUGCUUCUGCCUACACCACCUCAGGCUGCUACAGCAGUGCCGGCCAGCUAACGUCGGCGGGCACAUAUCAAUUCCAAUCCGAGGGCUACUGCCAGCAAAUCUGCACGAAGCAAAACAAGCCCAUCUUUGCCCUCCACAAUGGCGACGAAUGCUACUGCGGCGACUCCCUGCCUCCUUCAACAGCGAAGGUCUCUUCCACCCAAUGCCAGACCCCUUGCUCGGGAUUCCCUUCUGAAACUUGCGGCGGCGCCAAUGCAUGGCUAAUCAACAACUCCACCACUGUCUCGGAGUCCACCACCGACGACAAACUUGUCACAGAACUGAAACGUGAAUCCACCGACAACGUCGAGAACGGCAUCGUGAUUGCCCCAGAGUCUGAUGACUCCGACUCGUCCUCGGGCAACUCCAACUCCUCCCCUGAUACCAUGAAAGUCAACCCUACCAUGGUGGAGACCGAUAUCCCCAUCGCCAGCUCCGCUGCAGACGGAGGCGCAGCCAAGUCUACUGUCCCGAGUGUGAUCCUUACCGCGCCGUCCAUGACGGGCGUCACUGUUCCAGCUACUGGCGCAGUAGCAGCAUCGUCGAUGGUUGUUGCUGUCUCGUCUGCUUCCGCGUCUGCAACUGCUACUGCGUCCGGAGCCGCGAGCAGUGGUUCCGCCGCGGCGAGCCCGUCAACCAGUGCAGGUGCUGCUGCUGCUAUCGCUGGUGCUCCUGCUAAUGGGAUGAUCGGGGGCGUGUUUAUGGCGGCAGUUGUUGCGCUUGGACUGUAGAUAUCUCUUUCUACAUUCCACAUUCUAUCUUUUGGAGUAUAGUCAUAGUUACUUCGAUCCAAGAGGGGAAGCAUUAUCUUGUAUAGAUAGUUACGGAUGUACGGUGUGGAAGCGGGGCUAGGCAUUGAUUGAUAUCAGGUAUAUACCUAUAAUAGGCUGGGAAUAAUCGCGGGUUCGAUGCAACAUGUACUUUUUGGUUUCUGCUGAGCAGUAAGCUAAUUUCUUAGUGAUAGUCAC